AUGUCGCAUCCAUUCCCAAAUACUUUCGACAACGCUUCUCCAAUGACUUCGCAGUCCGCCGUCUCCUACCAGGCGAAUGUCAGCCGGCAGAAGACGAAGAAAUGGGCCGAAGCGAAACCUGUGGACUACGGUGGCGAUGACUGGGGCGACGAAGACGAUUACGAUUUACCUCCUGUGCCAGCACCCAAAGCGACCGGGAUGCGACAGCGAGGUCAAAGUCUCGUAGGAUCCUCAAAGGUAGACUCGGCGGCCGAGAGCAGGAAGAAUGGUGACCUCCCCCCUCUAACUGGGGCGAGCAAUCCGCGAGCACGAGCGAACUCCUUCGAUGCAGACGACGAGACGCGGAACUUCUCAAGCGCUACGGCACAACCACCACCAGCUAUGAAUGCGCCUGCCACACGAUUCUCUCAGAUAACUGGUCAGCCGACAGUCCGAAAUGCGAGUGGCCCGCCAGCUCUGUCGAUAAGAACCCAACAACCGUCUCAAGGUCCGGGCGGUCUCCGUAACCCCAAUCAGGUCUUGUCACCUAUGAUGGAGUCUUCACCAGCACAAGCAGAUGUCCUGUUAUCAAGACCUGAAGGACCCGAAACUGGGGGAAGCUCUUUGACUUCUGAUACAAAGAGUCCUUCAACUGCGACCGAUCACCAUGCCCCCCUAGAUUAUUCUCCUUCGGAUGUGCCUCCACCGCUCAACACCCGUUCUUCUCCCGCGCCCCAAAGUGCAGCCGAUACCCAAACCCAGAAAUUCCCUCCUCGUAGGAGUAGUUUGAGCCAGCCCAACGCUCCUGCAUUGGGAGACAUACUACAACAAAACUCCGGGGAUGCUACACCAAAGCCAUGGGCUGGACCUCGAUCUGCCUCUCCGGGUACAAGCGCUCAACCACAAGGGUCUCCGACUACUGGCAAGCCACAUCCUUUUACCAGGCCAUCAGAGAUAUAUAAGAGAGCCGAGGAGGAACGACGGGCGUCUAUUGACUCGGCUCAUAGACCUAGUACGGGCUCUUCCGUGAAGUCUGAGGGUCCGACAAAGCCUGGCUCGGAGGGUGUGAGUGGUGCUGCUAAGAGUAGGAAUAGUUUCGAAAAUGACGAAUCUGGAGAUUCGGGUUCGCGUUUGAUGCCAAUGCUGGAGUCUGUCAAGGAGAGGAGGAGCGAGUAUGAUCUCGAGAGCUCCAAUCCGCUUAAAGAAGGAAAACCCAGCCAGGAAGAAACUACGGUCCAGACCCGAAACCCCGAUGUAGAAGACGGAAGGCUGCAAUCGACAAGCCCAAAGCUACCAGACCUCAACAGAUUGUCAGGAUUUGACAUGGAUUUAUUCGCUCCUCAAGAUAUGGAGGAUGUCAAACAGGAAUCAGAAAACACUCCAGCGGCCAAUACCCAUCUAUCCUCCCCUGUAGAGGAGUUACAAUUGCGAAGUCAGCCGUCACUUGGGUUUAACUCUGUUGUGCACCAAGCAUUUGAUCGAACCGAUGACCAGUCAUAUCCGAGUACCCCAGCUUCCAGAAGUGAUAGUGGAGUAAGGAGGACCGAUAGUGAAAGCACCGGGACGACCGGUAUCAGUCCUAUCAUGAGCAGAGUAUCUAGUCAUGCAGUUCCCGAAACUCGAAACCGCACUUCAGCCAUCUUGGAAGCUCCCGAACCAGCUUCUCCAGACACUCCUGUUGACAGCAGAGAUGGGCUCCCGUCUCAAUCUGUUCCAGGAUUUAAGCCAGGUCAUCGCCGAGACAUUAGCACACCAAGUCCUCGUAAUAGCCCAGCAAGGACCCCUGAUCUGGUACCUUCUUAUACUCUUGCCCAUGGUCAACGCGCUGCUGUGGACGACAUUCCUCACGAUCGCGUUUCUCCCAUUGACGAUGAGCCUUUCCAGGCACCGCGCCCUAUAAAUGAGCGCGAAAAUAGCUUCCGUCCAUCAAUUCCAGGAGGCUGGACUUCUUACGCUACAACAGCACAGAACGAGACCCAUACUCCCUCCGCUGUUCGGGCGCCUACUGUCCAGACUCCUGCUGUCGAGGCGCCUCUUGUGUACGAGCAACGAGACGAAGGUAAACGUGAUCUUACGCCUAUCACUAACGCGAGCCCGAACCCACCUGCCGAGGAGCCAAAGACGCUGUCUGGUGUUCCUGCGAUGUCACCUGGAGGGAGUAGGCAUUCUAAUCUAGACCCAAGACAGCGUGAAGAAGCCCCCACACAGUCUCAACCGCGUCCAGAUGUGACUGACAGACCUGUAUCAGCCAUGUCCAUGCUUUCCCCGCUUCCGCCCAAAAUUUCCACCAAUACAGAUUCCCACAGCGAUAGCCCAGGCCACAUCCCGCAAGCUCCUGCCACUGAAGAUACUACGCAAACAAUUACGAGGCCGGUGCCUACGGACAGCCAGAAUUAUGACGAGGAAAACGAGAAGCUUCGUAAAGAGAUUGUCAGAAGUCUCAGUCCUCGACCCUCAGAUGCCACUGCCCAAAAUGACAGUCACCUAUCCUCUACACCGGAUAACCGCGCAAGUAUUGCGAACCGAACUCGCGAAAGCUCAUACCUUCCUCAAGAAUAUGACAGCUAUUGGGAUUCGGAGCAAGACGAAGAUGACCCUACUAUUCCACCAGCAUCAACACAGAUCAAUGCUCCUACUGAUGAACCUGUCCCUGUUAUAGCUCCUUUGAGCUCUCGUCACCAGCAAGGAGGCUCUCUUGACCCCCCUCGAUCUACUCCUGACAGUUGUUUCUCUUGGGAGCAAAGCUUUAAGAACGUUACUGCAGGUGUGAACCGUGGUACAGCCUCUGUCCAACCCCCUCAACCUACUCCUGACAGUUGUUUCUCUUGGGAGCAAAGCCUUAAGAACGUUACUGCAGGUGUGAACCGUGAUACAGGCUCCCUCUGUACCGUGAAUGCUCCAACGAAGAGUGCCGAGAUCAGCGAAUUGCCAGGGUCUGAAGUUCCAGCGGAGGGUGAUAAGAAAUCAAUGCCUCAAACUCCGGAGCACAAUUUCUCACAAGAUUUUUCUGGUGAGCAUCAUCUUGUCAGAGAAGCUGCUACUGUGACCGGUGGUGCGGCUUUGGCAGGUGCAGCUCCAGUCACCUACGUGGACAAAACCGAAGACAAACCUCGUCGCAUGUCUAUACCAGAGGAGAAAGAUCCUCGAAUAUCUUCAGAUCCUGUCUCUCCUACACCUUCCGAGGACGAGCAUCCAUCUCGAUCCUCUCAACAAGACAUCCAGAACUCCCCUGACAUUGCUCCCCACCCCCCCGGCUCUCCUAGCACUGUAUCUCGUUUGCAAAAAUCUGCAAGUUCAGCCCCUGCACCAACGGGCAGACUGAUUGCCUUUCGCGAAAUCAUUGCUAUGAAAACACCUCAAGAGCGGAUCAAAACGUUCAAUGAAACAAGAGAACGAUUUGCGUCCAUGGAUUCUGGUUUGGAUGAUUGGAUGUCACAACUGCAAUCAGAACUUCCUGCAGAACUUGGUAUUGUUUCGGGCUCAUGGGGAGCGGGAAGAAUGCCGAGCGGAUCAGCAAGGUCGAAGUUUAGUAGAGUAACUGGUGGUGCUCCAUUACCUCUUCAGCAACCGUAUUAUCAGCAGUAUCUGAAUGCCACUCCUCCACCAGCACCAUCGACACCAGUCAGCGGUGGUGGUCCCGGCGGAUCCAGCGGACCAAAGACAUCUCCCGGCCUUCCCGUUGGCUCGCCGCAAGGCUUCUCGUCUUCUGGUACCAAAAUCUCGACUCAGCAAGUCCAGGCAAAAGGGAAGGAAUUCUUCCACACCGCAGGAGUCUUCGGUGGCAAGGCAGGCAAGGUUGGGAAGGGAUUACUUGCAAAGGGCAAGAACAAGCUAGCUGCCCGUGGCGGCGACAAGACACCAUCCAGCCCGGAAAAUCUGGAAAGAAAAGAAAAAGAUAAAGGGAAAGAGAGAGAAAAGCCCAAGUCCCCCAAGGCCAACCGACGCCGCUCCUCCUGGGGCAUCCCGCUCGCUAUGGCGUCGUCCCGCCGUUCCAGGGAUGGAAGGAGUCAGAGCAGCAUUCCUGAUUCGCUGCAGUCACCAUCGCCAUCUCGUCAAACAAUACCGCCCAGUAUUGCUCCGCGGCUCCCGGUCGUGGAAACAGGGUCUUUCCUGGAAGUUUCAAGUGUGGGUGCUGGGCCUGAGCGGAAUUCCGGCGUCGCCGGAACUUUAAACUAUGGGGAUGGGAAUGGGGAUGGGGAUGGGAAUAGGCAAAUUCUGGACUUUUCGAGUGCGAGAGAGAUCACCGGGCUGUCGUCCACCUUGGCUCCUUUCAAUAGAGACGGAGGUGGGAACCAGACGGUCUUGGAGCAUUCUCAUGAGGAUGCACGUUGGAGGGGGAGUAGAGAAAGGGGAAAGCCUGAGCUUGCUACUUUGCCUGUGAAUGAGCGAGGUUUGCUGGUAAGUUCUGAGGGCGGAGGUGAUAGUGACAGUGAGAUUGAGGAAUUGCUGUUUUUUGAUGCGAUGGAGGGGAAAGGCGAUGGAGAUGAAGAUGAGGUUGAGGUUGGGGGUGCAGGGGCGGACUGGACUUUAGUGAAUCCUGAGCCUCUGAAAACUUCUGUAGCUGGUGCGGACUUGGGAAUUCUCAAUCGUCCGGGGGGGAACCUCGGUUACCUCAGUUAUGACCGCUCGCGUCCGUCGACUCCUGCGAAUCCUGUUUCCCACUUGGGGGGUAGAGAGGAGAUGCGACGCAGUAUCGAUGGGGGUUCGACGACGAGUAUUCUCAACCGCCCCCGAGGAAGUCUCACAGUCAGUCUGAGCGAUGGUGUUCCAGGGUUCUCUGUGCCUGGCAAAGUGAUGCCAUCACCACUCGCUAACUCGCCUGUUGCGAUUGUUUCUUCUCCGAUCACAGCCACACCGAUAUCAAAUUUGCCACCAAUUCCUACGGGCAAGAACGGUUUACCGCCGGCAACUAACCAAGAGAAGAGGAGUUCUACAUCCGCGUCCCUAUCUCCCAUCCGCCGAACCUCAGAUUUUGCCUUAAACCCCCGCUCUAGACAGCCAAAUCAGCGCAUUUCUGAGACUGGAGUCGGAGGUGAUGAGGAGCAAUUGUCCACGAGGGAGGAUGGGAAGCAGCAAGAGAUGAAUAUGGAGCAGAGGGAGGGUGCGGGUAUGGAUCAUCCGGCUGCUGGUCCUGGGACUGAAGCUGUAGCCAGCGGUUUGCGGCAGCGAGGAGAGGAGGGCGGUGAGGAUGCGCCUGAUGGGCCUGGGGAUGCGGCGCGUUGGGACCGGAGUGAGACGGCGACUGCGAUGCAAAACCAAACGCAAGGGCAAGAUCACGCUACGGGGGAGUGUCCGCUUUCUUUUGAGUUAGGCUCAAGUUUUCAAAAGCAACUUUCGUCGCCUGUAGAGGAAGGGUUCCGUCUGGAGUAUGGUACAGAUACAUGGGGUGUUCAGGAGGACUAUGCUCCUCCCAUUCCGCGAAUCAGGGCGGAAAGACAGAGUAGCCAGAGCUCAUUUCCACCGCCGGGUUUUGUGACUGACGAUUCCGCGCUUGCUGCGCCUGCCGGUGAUAGGCAAGAUCAAGGUCCUGCGGAUGUGACGGAUACCUGGGGUGUGAGAGAGGAGUUGGCUCCUCUUGUACUGAGUGUACCUGUGCCAUCGAUUUCGUUCCCGCCGCCUGGAUUUGAGGUCGAUGCACAAGCACACUCGUCUGCAGGUGUGGUGCAAGAAACAGGCUUUGUCGAUCCCAUCUCUCGCCAGCCACUCUCUUUCGUACAGACUCCUCCUCAGAAAGUCGUUGGGCAUCUUUCUCAGCCAGCUUCUGCUACUGCAAAUACUGUGCGUAACAGAUCACCACGUCAGCUCCCGCCGAUCAAUACAGGUGCAGCUGUUGGCCCUUUGCCCCUGCGACCUUUUUCGUUCCAGCAAACUCCCCCUAGAGGUCUUGAUACUGUACGGAGGAGACCCUCUUUUGCUGCGGACUUGACGAAAGAGCCGGAGGCUUUAGAUGGCGCUGAUGAAACUAAUCAUUGGGACAAGAGAGAUCCUGCGCCGUCAGAGAUGAGAGCGCCAUCACCUAAGAGGGUUGAAAGUCACCGGCAGCUGGCGAGUGAUCCCGAAAAGGAGGAAUUCGCGCAUUUUCAAGCCGGUGCUGAGAAACCACCAUCCAACCAAGCUCGUGUUUUGAAGCAAUCCCAGCCUACUCCGCAACGAGAACCGCCAAGUUCUGGAUUCACUCCGCCCCGGGCAGCAGAUAUUCUUCAACGUCCCGAGUUCAAAGAGUCGCAUGUAGAAUGGAGGCCCAACCGCCCUAAAGCCGCUGUGAGACCUCAGCUAUCAUACUCAUCAGAUAUGUACAGCAAGGAAAUGGACUUGCCGGCAAACCGCGCCAACUCGUGGGACACCGAGCCACGGUCACGCGGCUUCUCUGGAUCAAACAGCAUGAUUCAGGGUCAAGAUAGCAAUUUCUCCGAGAAUGGCGGCUAUACAUCUCCCCCACACGGAUUUCCCUUAGAUCUCCCCCCAUCUUCCGCAUCUCGAUACCCGGAGCUCUUCAGAACCGGGCAACAAACGGUCGUUGAGAAUCCAAGAACGGCCUCCCAAGAGCUCGAUCGUGAGCGCGACCUCCCAGAUCAUCUUUACCAAGCGCCCAUCGCACGGGCCCAGGCCUUCUUGCCGCGACAACAAACAAGCGAGUAUCAAUUACAUGGCAUCGGGCCCCCGCCAGACCUGUAUCCUGUCCGCCGCUCCUCGGGGUUGUUCCGCGGCAGACUAUCGCGGACUUCUUCCAGAAAUAGGAGGAACUUCACGUCUCGCUCACCAGAUCGCAUCUUAGACUCGAGAGCUGCAUCUAGCAUUCCGAACCCGGAAGACGCCGAGAUCAAGAAGAAGAGAUCGAGCAUUUUUAGCCAUUUAAGUAAGAAUUCGUUUGUUGGGAAUAGUGCGCACCAUGCUGGGUCGCGGCCUGACUUACUCGAAACGCCUCAAUCGUCCCCUGACAAGCGGAGAUUCUUUGGGAGCGAGAAGAAAGCAGAGAAGCCGAAAAAACUAGUGAGGCAGAGUACCACUGGGAUGAUGGACUGGCCCAAGAUGACGAAGGAGAAGAGUGCGAAGAAUCGUUUCUCGGUUUUGGGUGGGUUGUUUGGGAGACAGAGCGCCGGAAAGGGGAAUGUAAAUGCGGUACAAGAGCCGAUGCAGAAUCCGAUGUCUGAGCCGCAGAUUCAGGGUGCCUACACAUCACCGCCACCUCAGGAGCCAAAUUCACGAGCGGAGAGUCAGAGCAGGAGGAGUGGUGGGUGGGGGAAAGUCGGUGGGGGAACGAUGUUGGAGAGACCGAGGGAGGUUAUUAAAACGCCAAGGUCCUCGUCUAGGGGCUUGUUGGGUGGGAUUUGGGGGAAGAAGGAUGGGAAGAAGGAGAAGGGGAAUGAGGAUUCGAGGAUUCAGGGGAGUGGUCGGUCACAGGCUGGGCCCCAGGCUGUUCUCUCGACUUAUCCGCCUGAGCAAGAGAUUCGAGGACCGCCUUCUGCGCGGCAGCGCGAAAGCCUGUUCCAGGAUCCUGCACUCGAGGUUCAGGAUCGUGGACGCAGGGUUAGUAGGGAGCCGCAGUACGACAGUGUCCCGAUUCCUCGCGGAUAUUCGCUUGUGAGAGGGCAAGGGGCGAUGAGUGUACCGACUGAAUAUGAUCCGAGGGGUCUCAACCGCAUGCAGCAGCAGCAACACCAAAUCGAUACUCGAGGACCAACCGCUGGGUCGAGACCGCCGUAUGAAAACAACGUCUCGCCUAGCCACGAUCCACAGCAACAUUGGUACCUCUUCAAUUCGAACGUACAACAGUAUGGGAAUGGCUCGCCAUACAACGUGUCUCAGCAGCAGCCGCGAAUGGGUGCCCAUGAAACACAUAUGGGCUACAUCAACUCCAACCGCCGCCCCUCGCGCGAAGAUCUCCUCGCCCGCUCUCCCGCACGACACCCCGACGACCAACAACGCCCCUACCAAAUCUCCAUCCCCAACUCCGAACCGGACGAAGAGGAAUUGACUCUACAAUACACACCACCUCCCACCUCCCCUCAGCAGUCUCUCAAGCUGAAGUUGGACACCAUCCAACGACUCCAGCAGCCUUCACUUCGACAUCCGGACAGUCCAGCUGGGUACCCACUGCCGGAUGAUACGGUGUUCUCGCCCGUUAACCCUUCCGCGGAGAAUCUUCCCGCGCCGCCGAUGCCACAGUGGCCCAGCCAUCUCGAAUCGCAAUAUGCGCUUCGACAUGGACAGGGACAUGAGAGGCAGCCCAGCUUGCCGGUUAGCGCGGUAAAUGCGGAGCUUGAUCGCUCGAACACGCGGAGGACGGCUCUACCCGCCAGCUCAACCUCCAGAACCAGUACAGGCAUCGGACCGAGCGAUCGCGGCUUACAAGUCGUAGGAGAGAGCGUGCGGGGCAUGACGCCUACGCCGCCAAAUCCGCUCCACGGUCUAGGAAGUAGGGGAGGGGAUGGGGAGAUCAAAAGGACGGAGGUUGAAGUUCGGGGCCGGAGGGAGAGUGUCGUCGACGACGACUUGUAUGACGCUAGUCCGGUCCUUGCUGAUGCGGUCGCCGUGAUGCCUCUGCAUCACGCUAACGCUAAUGGCAACGGCAGCGGAAACGGUAAUGGCAGUGCUCAUCGCUAUCCCUAUCCUUAUCCUUAUCCCUCUACUUCUUUGUCUACUCCAGCCAGCGCUCAGGCUCAGGGCACGGUAAAUACACACGCUCAAGGACUCAAGACACCGCCUGACAGCGGACUCGGUCAUGGCUUUGGAGCUGCCAUUGCCGCCGCCGAGAAAAUGGAGCACCGGUCAGCGGCGGAUGUGGGAGGGAAGAGAGGAGAGGGGAAGCGGGGUCCGGCCGAGCUGGAGGAAUUCCACGAGCCGGCUAUGAGUGCUACUUCUUACCCGGGCCAGGAGUGGAAUCCUUAUGGGUUCGGGCUGGGAGUGGGGGCUGGGAUGGGGGAUGAGAGGUUUUGA